AUGAGGAUCUAUUUGUCCUCCUCUGCGACUCCCAGGACAUCCCACCGGCUGCCGACAUCCUGCCUGGGCUUCCUCCUCCCCAAACAUCGGAAGAAAGCAAAGCGAAAAAAGGAAACAUAUCGAGCCAGCGGUACUGCACACAAGCGGGCGGUGGCCAAGUUCGAUCGGGUCCAAAGCGCACCUCCAGCCAAUGACCCAGUGAUUGCAAGCUGUCUAACAUCCAAGCAUCACUCCUUGACAUGGCGGCCAGGAUUUCCACGCUGGAAAGCGACUCCAUCAGACCUUCGUCUUCACCGACCGUCAUUUCCGCAUCAGGAGUCUCCACCGCACCUGAACUGCGUCACCUCCAGCACCAGCCUCAGCGUGAUGACCACCGUGGCCACCGCUGUACCCCUAACCAUGGGCUCGCCCUUCUUCCCACCGUCUUCUGCCAUCCCUCAUCACUUGAGGAGCCAAAUAUUAGCAGAAAUUCCAUCGCCUGUGUCCAGAAGCAGCCCAGUCAAGCCUGGAAUGCCCCCCGUUCAGCCAAACCAUUUUAGAUUAAAUGAUCCACUGCAAUCUUAUGUGCGCGCUGCUGCGCAGUACAUACGUGGAGGUCUGUCUAAAUCUACAUUAAAAGCGUACGACUCAGCUUGGUCUUAUUUCACCACAUUUUGUGCUACUUUAUCUGUAGCCGCUCUGCCUGUGAAUAUAUCCUGUGUUAGUGCAUUUAUAGUCCAUUGCUUUGAGUCUCGAAAAAUCCAGCCUUCUUCCAUCAAAAGUACUGUCGCUGGCAUCCAAUUCCAUCUACGCUGCCUGGAUCCAUCCGUUACCAGCAUUCUGGAAAACCCAUCCAUACGCCUCCUGCUGAACGGCCUCAAAAAGGAGUCACCUCGAGGUAAUGAUAAACGUCUCCCUUUCACAUUACCUUUAGUUAAUACAAUUAUAUCACGUUUGAGGGAAGGGUGUUUUGGGCCUUACACAGAUCAAAUGUUAGAGACAGUCAUUCUCACAGCUUUCUUUGGGUUCCUAAGGGGUGGUGAAAUCUCUUCACGCACGCGUUUCUUUGACCCAAAUCACAAUCUCACCAUUUCUGAUGUUUCGAUUAAUGAUCACCAUUUCACCUUGUUUCUCAAACACUCCAAAUCAGAUAGGAAUAGUGAAGGUGUAGUUGUAUAUAUAUCAGAGUCUAAUACUGUCUUUUGUCCUCCAUCAUCCAUGCUGACCUACUUGAGGAGCCGUCCUCGUGCUGGUCCGCAGGAGCCGCUGUUUGUCACUCAGGAGGGGAAACCAAUGUCCAGAGCCUGGUUUGCAUCUCAUCUACGCCUCCUCUGCCAAUUCUGCAGACUGCCUGCAGACCGUUAUAUAGCCCAUUCUCUGCGCAUAGGGGCCGCAACUACUGCGGCGGCAUCUGCUCCUGUUUCAACCCUAAAAGCCAUGGGCCGAUGGACGUCUACUGCAUACGAACGUUACCUUCGUCCUGAUGUUCGCGCCAUUCUUGACGCUCAGAAAGCUAUGAGCUCUGAAGAUCUGCUUCUUGCCCUAUGUGCUCUGCUCCCUGCUCUGUUCCUGAUCUAUGUGCUCUGCUCCCCGUGCUUAAAGGCUACUUAA